CAACAGGCGAGGUCGCCGCGCGGCCGCUGGCGGUGGGCGAGAGCGGCCCGGGAGCGGCACGGCGAGCGGCGGCAGCGGCGGGGCCUCAGCGGGAUGGCGGCGGCGGCAGCAGCGGCCUCUGCGGCCGCCCAUUUGGCCGAUGUGAGCUGGAAGAUGCUGGAGCUGCGGGCUCGCUCUAAACGUUCAGCUUAGCCUGAGCCGUUUGUGAUUAGCUGCACCAAUUUGAAAUGGCCAGUUUGGAUGAUGACAGAACCUCUGCGCAUGCUUUUUUAAAAUUUGAAGGUCACAGAUUGACUGGUUCAAUUUAUGAGCCACUUAAAAGUAUUAAUCUUCCAAAACCAGAGGGAGAAAGUCUGUGGGAUAAAUUAGAUCAUUACUAUAGAAUUGUUAAGUCAACGUUGCUGCUUCAUCAAAGCCCAACCACAGGUCUGUUUCCUACAAAGACAUACGGCGAUAACCGCAAGGCCAAAGUACACGACAGUCUGUACUGUGCUGCGUGUGCCUGGGCCUUAGCCCUUGCUUACAGGCGUAUUGAUGACGACAAGGGAAGGACUCAUGAACUGGAGCAUUCUGCUAUAAAGUGUAUGAGAGGAAUUCUCUACUGCUACAUGCGUCAGGCUGAUAAGGUUCAGCAAUUUAAGCAGGACCCCAAACCAUCUGGGUGCCUUCACUCUGUUUUCAGUGCAGACACUGGAGAUGAAGUCUUCUCCCAUAAGGAAUACGGUCACCUGCAGAUAAAUGCCGUGUCAUUAUUUCUCCUCUAUUUGGUUGAGAUGAUCUCUUCGGGACUGCAGAUUAUCUACAACACAGAUGAGGUGUCGUUCAUUCAAAAUCUUGUGUUUUGCGUGGAAAGAGCCUAUCGGGUACCGGAUUUUGGUGUCUGGGAAAGGGGAAGCAAAUACAACAACGGCAGCCCAGAGCUGCAUUCGAGCUCCGUGGGACUGGCAAAAGCAGCUUUAGAAGCGAUUAAUGGUUUCAAUCUCUUUGGAAAUCAGGGCUGCUCUUGGUCUGUCAUCUUUGUGGAUUUUGAUGCCCAUAACCGCAACAGACAGACUCUGUGUUCUUUGCUACCCCGGGAGUCAAGGUCUCAUAACACCGAUGCAGCUCUUUUGCCCUGUCUCAGUUAUCCUGCGUUUGCUUUGGAUGAUGAGGUUCUGUUCAAUCAAACGCUGGAUAAAGUUAUUAGAAAACUGAAAGGAAAAUAUGGGUUUAAAAGGUUUCUGAGAGAUGGAUACAGGACAGCGCUGGAGGACAAAACACGCCGUUAUUAUAAGCCAGCAGAAAUUAAGCUCUUUGAUGGCAUCGAGUGUGAAUUCCCUCUGUUUUUUAUUUUCAUGAUAAUUGAUGGAGUUUUUAGAGGAAAUCCUGCACAAGUAAAGGAAUAUCAGGAUCUUCUGGAUCCUUUGCUUCAACAUACAUCUGAAGGGUGUCCUGUUGUCCCCAAGUAUUACUACGUGCCUGCGGAUUUUGUCGACCUGGAGAAGAAGAGCCCUGGCAGCCAGAAGCGCUUCCCCAGCCACAGCGGGCGCGACGGGAAGCUCUUCCUGUGGGGCCAGGCGGUUUACAUCAUUGCCAAGCUCCUGGCUGACAAAUUAGUAAGUCCUAAAGAUAUUGACCCUAUUGGACGUUAUGUCGCUCCACAAGAUCAGCGCAAUGUUAGCAUGAGAUUUUCAAAUCAGGGCCCUUUGGAAAAUGACUUGGUAGUACACGUGGCCCUGAUAGCAGAAAGUCAGCGCUUACAAGUUUUUCUGAACACGUAUGGAAUCCAAACUCAGACUCCCCAGCAGGUGGAACCAAUUCAGAUAUGGGCUCAAAAAGAGCUUGUCAAAGCUUAUUUCCAUCUGGGAGUCAAUGACAAGCUGGGAUUAUCUGGCAGACCGGACAGGCCCAUAGGAUGCCUUGGGACAUCAAAGAUUUACCGAAUCCUCGGGAAGACUGUGGUUUGCUACUCGAUCAUUUUUGAUCUAAGCGAUUUCUACAUGUCUCAGGAUGUCAUGAUGUUGAUUGAUGACAUUAAGAACGCGCUGCAGUUCAUCAAGCAGUACUGGAAAAUGCACGGUCGGCCACUCUUCGUUGUGCUGAUCCGUGAAGACAAUAUAAGAGGGAGCAGAUUCAACCCCAUCUUGGAUAUGUUGGCCGCCUUCAGAAAGGGGCUGGUUGGGGGAGUGAAGGUUCAUGUUGACAGAGUCCAGACAUUAAUAUCUGGAGCAGUUGUCGAACAACUUGACUUCCUAAGGAUCGCUGAAACAGAAGAGGCUCCUGUGUUCAAGAGUUUGGAGGAGUUGGAUCUUCCAAAACAUUCAAAAGUCAAGAGGCAGUCUAGUACUCCAAAUGCUUCUGAACUAGAGCAGCAACCCGAUGUAAAUGUUAACGAGUGGAGAAACAAGUCAACAUACGAGAUCCUGCAGAAACUUAAUGACUGCAAUUGCCUAGCAAGUCAAGCAUUACUCUCGAGUAUAUUGCUUAAAAGAGAAGGACCGAAUUUUAUCACCAAGGAAGGUACUGUUGCUGAACAUAUUGAAAGAAUCUAUAGACGAGCUGGCAGCAAAAAGCUCUGGUCUGUUGUGCGCUUCGCUGCGAGUCUUUUAGGUAAACUAGUGGACAGCCUUGCACCAUCUAUUACUAAUGUUUUAGUGCAGGGCAAGCAGGUGACACUCGGCGCUUUUGGCCAAGAGGAAGCGGUUAUUUCUAACCCCUUGUCCCCAGCAGUGAUUAAGAACAUCCUCUAUGAAAAAUGCCACUUCCAAGACGAACGAGAAGCGGUGGUGCAGCAGGAGCUGGUCAUACACAUCGGCUGGAUCAUCUCCAACUCGCCCGAGCUGUUCAGCGGGAUGCUGCAGAUCCGCGUCGGGUGGAUUAUCCACGCGAUGAAGUACGAGCUGCAGAUCCGUGCUGGGGACAUGCCGGCCAAGGACCUGUACCAGAUGUCCCCGAGCGAAGUGAAGCAGCUCCUGCUGGACAUUCUGCAGCCCCAGCAGCAGGGCAGGAGCUGGCUGAACCGGCGGCAGAUCGACGGGUGUCUCAACCGGACGCCGGCCGGAUUCUACGACCGCGUGUGGCAGAUCCUGGAGAGAACCCCCAACGGGUUAAUCGUGGCGGGGAAGUUCCUGCCGCAGCAACCAACCUUAUCGGAUAUGACGAUGUAUGAAAUGAAUUUUUCCCUUCUCGUUGAAGAUAUGCUGCAAAAUAUCGACCAGCCGGAAUACAGGCAAAUCAUUGUAGAGUUGUUGAUGGUCAUAUCUGUUAUUUUGGAGAGAAACCCUGAGCUGGAGUUCCAGGACAAAGUGGACUUAGACAAAGUGGUGCAAGAAGCACUUCAUGACUUUCAGAAAGAUCACAGCAGUCCUAAGGCUGACGCGACCGCGUUCUACAACACCCCCCCGCUCGGGAGGAAGGGAACGUGCAGCUACCUGAGCAAGGCCGUGAUCUCCCUGCUGCUGGAGGGCGAGCUGCGCCCGAGCGGCGAGGAUCCCUGCACCAUCAGCUGAGCUGCGCACACCUGGGACACGCUUCCUUUAGUGAUCCCUGCGUUGAUCGUGCACAUAGUAAAAUAGAGUUCUGAAUGGUAACGCUGGUCAUGCAAAACCCGCUGUCCUUUGCGGAACAAAGUGCCACUGAAGACACAAAGUGCCACCCAGUAGUGUCCUUCCUCAGCUAUGCAGCAUGAAACCCUGAGCACAUGGAGUUAGUCUGGGAUAUUCAAUUAAGUUGAAUGGGAUUGUAUUGAUGACCUUCAAUUAUACAUUUAACAUAGUUGGUAAUGUCAAGAGAAAUGCACGGUGAGAUUCUGUCUUUAUACCUCCGUUUAUAACUACAAACAAGUCUAUUGUAAAUUCUAAAUGAAAUUCAGAAAGUACCAUAAUUAACGUGCACACCAAUCAACGUGGAAAUAUGAAACUUGGAUUAUUAUUUUAUUAUUCUACAAACAAAUUGGAGGUGUAGGUUAAAUAGUUGUUACUCUUUGAAGUGUUUCUGUAUCAGUUCAGUUGACAUUUUCUGUAUCAGUUCAAUUGACAUUUAGGGUUUUUUUCUUAAUUUACCAGUUGAUAACUUGAUAUACAAAUUUCAUCCUAAUGGAGCAACUUUUUAUCUCUAGCAAUAAAUAUCGCUGCAGUUUCCCAAUGGUUUAAACAUCUAUAAGUUAACAAGGGAGACGUAUGAUAACAGAUAAAAGUUAGUUUUUAAAAAAGGGGCAAACAAGCUGUAUUUAAAAUUAAUAUAAAUGAAGAAAAACUUUGUAUUGCAUAAGCUAUCAAUGCAUUAGAGAAUUCAAGAUACACUUAUUUAUCUCCUAACUGUGUGAAAACACUGUAUGCUAGAUGCUUUAUUUUGGUGAAAGUAAUGAAAAGGAAAUGCUUGUAAAAAAACUGUCAAUAAAAAUACUUCAAGUUGUAA